AUGUCGCGCCCUGCAACCCGUCCCGGUAAUGCGAACAAACACCCUGGAGAUAUAGUCCGCAAUGCGAAUCGACAGCAGCGCCCAAAGGAGGAGAUCGCUGCCGAGAAAAAACGAAAACUUGAUGAAAAAGUGGCCAAGAGCUCUGCAGCAGAACAAGCGCGCAUUAAGACUGCUAGGCAGGAAGAUGCUAUGGCCAUUGAGCAACAAGUUCAGCUUGCAGGCCCGCCAAAACUCAUUAGACCGCGACCAAGGCCUCGCAUUCCUGCAAAAAAAUCCAUGGAACCUCAGGCUGAUCUAGGAGAGUCAGACGCACAAUCAACUGCACAAACGAAGUCAGCAGCUACUCAGAGGCAUGCCCCAGUUACAACUCACAUCUAG